UUUGAUAGACAGGAGCCAACUUCACGUCGAUUCGGCAAUUCUUUUCUUGUGUGAAACGUGUUAAACUUUGUCACUUUUACAGCUUGAUAAAAACGGGAGUUUCAAUUUAUUUUGUGAAAAAGUUUGUUUGAAUUUAAUUUGAAAUGUCUGAAACCGAUGCCGGAUCUGGGCUCUUUUCGAUGCCAACGUUGCAGUAUAAUGAGGAAGGAUGGGGACCGCAUGAAAUCUCCGAAGAUUUUCGCGUUAUGCCGUAUCAGCCAUUCAGCAAGAGUGACCGCAUCGGCAAAGUGAGUGAUUGGACCGGCACAGCCCAAAUGGAUAAGAAAUUCCCAAAUAAAUACACUUCGCAAUUCGGAACUGGAAGCCAGUAUGCCUACUACCACGAUGAAGAUGAGACCACUUUCCAUUUGGUCGAUACUGCUCGUGUGCAGAAGCCACCAUACCAACGGGGACGCUUCCGUGGAAAUGCCCGUCACUUGCGUGGUCGUGGCAAUCGUUCAAUGAAUGCCGGUGGCAUGCAACAAUUGAACAAGAAUGUGAAGAUUCGUGACAAUCGACGCGGUAUCACACGCAAAUGGGGAGCUCGUGGUCCACCACCAAAGAUUCGUGAUGCUUCAGUUGCUGUACGUGCCGAUUGGACGACCAUUGAAGAAAUGGAUUUUCCACGUUUGUUGAAGUUGUCGUUGCCGGGCAUCAAAGAGGGUGAAGAUAUCCGUCGUUGCGGUGCAUUAGAAUUCUACGAUAAAACGUAUGAUCGUGUUAAUGUAAAAAAUGAACGGCCAUUGCAACGUGUUGAUCGUAUUUUCCACACCGUUACCACCACCGAUGACCCAGUCAUUCGUCAAUUGUCGAAAACCGAAGGAAACGUUUAUGCUACGGAUGCCAUUUUGGCAACAAUUAUGUGCAGCACACGGUCAAACUACUCGUGGGAUAUUGUUAUUGAGAAGAUUGGCGGCAAAUUGUUCAUGGACAAGCGAGAUAACACUGAAUUCGAUUUGUUGACCGUCAAUGAAACAUCCGUUGAACCACCAAAUGAGGAUGGAAACUCAUUGAACGGGCCCAGAAAUUUGGCCAUCGAAGCCACUUUCAUCAAUCACAACUUCAGCCAGCAGGUAUUAAAAGGUGGAGAGAAAUACAAGUUUGAACAUCCAAAUCCAUUCAUCACUGAAGAGGAAGAAGGUGAAGUUGCCAGCGUUGCAUACCGAUACCGUAAAUGGGAUCUUGGAAACGAUAUUGUAUUAGUUGCCCGUUGUGAGCUUGAUGCUGCUAUGCAAACGCCAAACGGUGAACCACAAUUCUUAUCCAUCAAAGCGCUGAAUGAAUGGGAUUCAAAGGCAGCCAAUGGCGUUGACUGGCGCCAGAAGCUUGAUACCCAACGUGGUGCUGUUUUGGCCAAUGAACUCCGUAACAAUGCAUGCAAAUUGGCGAAAUGGACAGUGCAAGCGCUGUUAGCCAGUUCGGAUCACAUAAAAUUCGGCUAUGUAUCGCGUGCACACAUUCGUGAUUCAUCGCGUCACGUCAUUUUGGGCACAUCACAAUUCCGGCCACAAGAAUUUGCCACACAAAUCAACUUGAGCAUGGACAACGCAUGGGGCAUUUUGCGAUGCAUCAUCGACAUUUGCAUGAAACAAAAGGAUGGCAAAUAUUUGAUCAUGAAAGAUCCAAACAAGCCAAUGAUUCGUUUGUACGAUAUUCCCGAUAACACUUUUGAAACCGAAGGAUCAGACAACUCUGGUGAAGAGUAAAACCAACCAAUUUCCGAUUCAUGGUCAUAUAUUCUUGUCUAAAUUUCAAAAGCAUUUCAGCGUCAACCGUUCUUUUGUUUCUCUCUCUUUUUGAAAGAUCAAAUCGCUUUUUUAAACACAAAUAAUAAUAGGCAGACAAGGAUCAUUUCUUUUUUUUACGUUAAACAAUCAUCAUUUUAAUUGUAUAACGAAUAUUAUGAACAUUAAACAAUUCAAACCAUUAAGAUAUCAAAGUGGUCACAGAAA